AUGCCGUCCCCGACAACGACCAGAACAUAUGCACCCGCCUAUACAGAUGCGGCCAAGCAUUUGACAUCGCUCUCAACAUCCACGUGGGGCAGUUGGCUUCCCGGUAUCACUAGAAUCAGCGCCACCGAUACUGAUGAUCCGUACGGACAGACGGCAUGGUCAUCAAUGUGGCUGCAGGCUGAUCUGCACAACUACACAACUACCGGUUUAUAUUCCACCACUGUCAGCCCUACUCCGAUUCCAAGCAGCGAGUUGGUCCUGCCACCGAGCGAUUAUUUACCUCCAAUGGACUGCUAUGAUUUCCCCGACGGCUUUGUGUUUGGCGUUGCUGGUAGUGCUGCUCAAAUCGAGGGAGGAGUCGGCCUUGAAGGUCGCUCUCCGUCCUUGCUAGAAAAGCUGGUUCCUGACAAUGAGCCUAAGGACUAUGUCACCAACGAGAACUACUUCCUAUACAAGCAGGAUAUUGAGCGUAUGGCAGCCAUGGGAGUCGAGUACUACAGUUUCACAAUUCCUUGGUCCCGCAUUCUGCCAUUCGUCUUGCCCGGGACACCCGUCAACAAGCAGGGGAUCGACCAUUACGCCGAUUUAAUUGACACCGUUCUGAAGGCUGGUAUGCAACCGAUUGUCACCAUGCUUCACUUUGACAGUCCUCUGAUGUUCAUCGCCGGUGACAACAUGACAAGGCACCCGGAAAUCGGCUACAACAACGCCGGCUAUCAGAACUCUACUUUCGUGGAUGCCUUUGUGAAUUAUGGCAAAGUUCUUCUCGCGCAUUAUGCCGAAAAGGUGCCGAUCUGGGUAACCUUCAAUGAGCCUCUGCUCUACUCUUUUAACUUCCAAGGCGUUGAUAAUGUGGUUCACGCCCAUGCCCAGAUGUACCACUUCUAUCAUGAUGUCUUGAAAGGAACCGGUAGCAUCGGUAUCAAGUUCAAUGACAACUUCGGCGUGCCGAAAGAUCCUCACAACGCCUCUCACGUUCAAGCGGCCAACAGAUUCCAGGAAAUGCAGCUAGGGAUCUUUGCAAACCCUAUUUUCCUUGGAAAGCAAUAUCCGGAGUCUGUUUUGAAGACCAUGCCAGGCGCCAGGCCGUUGAACCGCACGCAACUGGAGUACAUAAAUGGUACCUCGGAUUUCUUUGGCAUUGAUCCAUAUACUGCAACUGUCGUGUCACCCGUCGAUGAGGGUAUUGAAGCCUGCGCCAAAAAUCUCUCGUCCUCCAACUCUUUGUUCCCCUUCUGUGUCAACCAGGAGACAAAAAACAUCUUCGGCUGGAAUAUCGGCUACAGAUCGGCCAGCUAUGUCUAUAUUACGCCAACCUAUUUCCGGGAGUACCUUUUCUAUCUGUGGAAUACUUUCAAGACUCCCGUCUUUGUGACUGAGUUUGGAUUUCCGGUUUACGGAGAAGCAACCAAGGAGUUAUCAGAUCAGCUCUUCGACUCACCCCGAAGCGUUUACUAUUCCUCUUUCAUGCAGGAGAUCCUAAAAUCCAUCUAUGAAGAUGGAGUACACGUUAUGGGAGCGCUGGCCUGGAGCUUCAUGGACAAUUGGGAGUUUGGUGACUACUCAGCCCAGUUUGGGGUUCAGAAGGUGAACCGAACAACUCAGCAAAGAUUUUACAAGAAGAGUUUCUUCGAUCUUGUGGACUUUGUCAAGACCCGCCAGCGCUCCAACUGA